GAAUCUAAGAAACAUUCAUUUGUAUAACGUAACCUAGCUAGCAAGCUGAUCGCACGGAAGAACCUAAGCUAAGCUAAGAUAUGGGUAAUAGAGUUAUGGCGUCAUCCGGAUUGCUUCUUUUGUUUGCGGCGGCCUCCAUUGCUGUAGUAGUUAGGGCACAGUACGGGCCCUCCCCUGACGACGAUGUAUUGCAGACGCUGAAAAGUAGCCUGACCUUGAAGAAUGAUACGUCGGUCAACUUGUCUGACGUCCAUCCGUGCAACUGGACAACUUUUCUGGAGUGCGAUGUAGUUGAUGAUCAGGGGACUCUCCGGGUUACAAUUCUCCGCUUUUAUGGUGAGGUUGCUAACGGGAGCCUGCCAGCCAAUCUUGAAAACUUGACCAAGUUGGACGAAUUCGAGGCGUCCUCCAACAACCUCGUCGGGGCAAUUCCCAACUUUACUGACUCGGUCGGUUAUCUCUCAUUCGAGGAUAACCAGUUCACUUCAAUCUCACCUGGUCUGUUCGACUACAAGCCCAACUUGACAUCCCUUUACCUAUCCAACAACGCUCACCUACCCAUGUGGGAGAUCCCUCAGGGUCUGAAGAACUCCUCAAAGCUCCAACAAUUCCACGCCGCUAAUUGCAACCUUUUCGGAGAAAUACCCGACUUAUCCAACCUCCAAUCUUUGCAGGAACUAGAUGUUUCUCAUAAUCAGCUUACCAGCAUUAUCCCUCCAUCCCUUGCAAAUUUGUCAAUGCUUAUAACAGUGGAUGUUUCUCAUAAUCAGCUUACUGGCGUUAUCCCUCCAUCCCUAGCAGGUUUGUCCCAACUUGAAACAGUGGAUGUUUCCAACAAUCAGUUUACUGGCGUUAUCCCUCAAACCCUUGCAGAUUUGCCCUACCUUACAAAAGUGGAUCUUUCUAAUAAUAAUCUUACUGGCACUGUCCCUGAAUUUAAGUCUAAUGUGACAGUGAAUAUAUGUGGGAAUCCCGGUUUAUUACACGGAAGAGGGGCGCCAUGUAAUGUCUGAGCAGAGGACGAUGAUUGUGUUUGUUUUAAAAGUUUCUUUCUUAGCUUGCUGAUCAAGCUAGCAUAUUAAUCACUUUAAUCUGUUCCUUCUUAUCCCUUGUUUUUACCUACCUAUUUCUGUUUUAAAUCAAGAUGAUGUAUCAUGUGGAAGUAAAUUAAAGAGUUAUAUGUAAUUGUGUUUUUAUUAAUAUUAUUA